AUGACACGGAAACUGUGGCUGCUCCCGAUCGCAUUACUUCUGGCCUCUUCCGAGGCCUCCUUCGACUCCUGCCACUUCAUGCUAGAAAACGAAAUUCCAUUUACGCUGGUUUGCAAGGCCGAAUACAGCACCGACCUGAAGCUGAACUACCGAGACAUUUGGCUCAGUGCCGACGUGCCCUACUGGCUUUGGUGGAGACGACUGCCCAGUGUGGAGAUGCUGAUCUCCUUUUAUGAGUCGCCCAUAUCGGCGUGUGAAAACGUUAGCCUGAGCCUCAACUGCCUCCAUUGUGCGGACUCCAAUGAGCUAGGCAUACACAUUCGACCCGAGAGCAUCCACUGCUUUGACUUCUCCUUCUCCUACGUGCGGGACCUGAUGAAGCACUGUGGCCUGUCGCCGGCCACGAAGUUCGAUCGCGUCGCCAUUUUGUAUGCGCGGCGGGUUCCCAAUCGUGAUAUUCCCUCCCGGUCCGCCAGGCCUCGUCCUUGGACCAUGGGACUCAGCCUUCCCUGAGGAAGUCGAUGCUAAAU